AUGUGACUUUUCUUGGAGCACAUACCUGUCAAGAUUCCAGAUGGUCACAAUGAAUGUUCUCCUGGGAAGACUCUUGGUUUUGGCCACCUUGAUAGUUUUAUGCAAUUCUUCCUGUUAUUUAAUCCUAAAAAAAUCAAAUGAAUCACCUAAUGAAUGCACCGAUGAUGAAGGAAACUCUCACCAGCUGAAUUCAUCAUGGAAGACCAAGAAUUGCAUGCAGUGUGAUUGUGGCAAAACAGAAAUUUCUUGUUGCAGCAUCGCUGCAAUACCAAUGGGUUAUAAUGAGCAGAAGUGUGAAGCCAUCCUGGAUGACAAGACAUGCAAGUAUAAAGUGGUGGAACGCAAAAACCCAAAAAAGACCUGUAAAUUUACAAGUUCAAUUUUGUAAUAAACGGUGGGAUAAUUGCUUCUGACUCUAGGAGGCCAAGGAUCUAUAGGACAAUGUCUAUUUCUUCCUGACCUUUAAUAUCUGAUUGUGUAACUGCUUAUCACACACAAAAAACUUUCUUAUGCUCUUGUAAAGCAUUGAUAAAUCACUAACAGAAUAAUAAACACUUCUAAGUAAA